AUGACCGAUGCGCUGUACCGCAGCUCCAGCAUUGGGGAGAGCCUCAUGGGCGCUCUCAAACUGCUUCAGGACGAUGGCAAGAUCUCUGAUGUUCUGGCGAUGCGAGUCAUCCAGGAGUUCGAUGCCGCAAUACUGAGGGCUCUAGAUAAGCGAGUCACCGCCAAGUCAUCAUUCAAGGGCCAGCUCGACACGUAUCGAUACUGCGACAACGUCUGGGACUUUGAGCUGCGGGACGUGAUUCUGAAGCUGAGCCCCACACAGGGCUCCAGCAAGCGGGAUGAGCUGGAGCUGGCAGCGAAGCACAUGAGGCUCAUCCUGGUGGACAGCAAGGUCGUCACAGCAGCGGCGGGGCAGCAUGCUGCAGGGUGA